GUGGCUUGGUGAUGUCGUUGUCAAGGAUUUACCCAAUGGCACCUAUGUGUGACACUGAGCUUGGUGGUGGCAAGGUGAAGGAGCUGAGCAUGAGCGUCAGGUGUCGCACGUCCUGGUUCGAGCGGUUUGUGCAGCCCUGCCUGGUGGAGCUGCUGGGCUCUGCCCUCUUCAUCUUCAUCGGGUGCCUGUCAGUCAUCGAGAAUGGGCCAGACACUGGGCGGCUGCAGCCGGCCCUGGCCCACGGGCUGGCCUUGGGGCUCAUCAUCGCUAUACUGGGGAACAUCAGUGGUGGACACUUCAACCCUGCGGUGUCGCUGGCGGCCAUGCUGAUUGGAGGCCUCAACGUGAUCAUGCUUCUUCCCUACUGGCUAUCUCAGCUGUGUGGGGGGCUGAUUGGGGCCGCCUUGGCCAAGGUGGUGAGUCCUGAGGAGAGGUUCUGGAAUGCCUCUGGGGCCGCCUUUGUGACAGUCCAGGAGCAGAGGCAGGUGGGGGCGGCGCUGGGGGCGGAGAUCAUCCUGACAGCACUGCUGGUACUGGCCGUGUGCAUGGGCGCCAUCAACGAGAAGACGCGCGGCUCUCUGGCCCCGUUCUGCAUUGGCUUCUCGGUCACCGUGGAUAUCCUGGCAGGGGGUGCUAUCUCUGGAGCCUGCAUGAACCCAGCUCGUGCCUUUGGACCUGCUGUGAUGGCCAACCACUGGAGCUUCCACUGGAUCUACUGGCUGGGCCCACUCCUGGCUGGCCUGCUCGUGGGACUGCUCAUCAGGCUCCUCAUUGGAGAUGGGAAGACCCGCCUAAUCCUAAAGGGACGAUGAAGCACAACUGCUGCCCCUAUGCCUUCAGCUGCC